AUGCCGUACAAAUCGCUACGUCUUUUUCGUUCUGUUCUCAAGCACCAGUUGAAGAAGAAUGCUCACAUGGGCAACAUUCUUAUUGCCGAGCGAUUUGCCGCUGGAACAAACCAACCUGUGGUCUCCUUCCAAAUCGAGAAGUUUCUUGUCGACGUACAGUCGCCACCUACUCCACUGGAAACUCGAAGAGUUGCUCUGCCAUUGAUAAAAGCGUUCCAAAAGGAAGUCGAUCAGCUGACUGUCAGAGGAAAAGCGACUGAAGCGGCGCUAAUCGAAAUCUGCUCUCAACUCACGAAUCUCCCAGGUGAGGAAAUUCUGUUCAUUGCAAAAGAAGAUCGAGCUCUCCCUUCUCGUGGUGCCUUCAAAGAUUCAUCUCCAUUACUAUAG